AUGGCGGAGCCAGGAGAGAGCGCGUCCGUGCCUCACAGCACCACCCCACCUGGCAGUCCUCCGAAACACCUGUACUAUGGUCUUUUCAUGAAAGGCGAGACUCGUCUCAGUACCACCCCCCCGGGCAGUCCUCCGAAACGUCUCUUCUCUGUCAAUGGCGCUAUUCCUCCUCCUCCCAGCACGACACCACCCAGCACACCUCCAAGACGCUUCUCUUCUGUUCAAGAUAUUAAAGGCAAAGCGCGUGACGACACCUUGGAUCCUACAACUGGUAACACCACUGCCAAUGGCAACGAUGCCGAACAGACCGCAAGUGAGGCUGCAUUAGCACAGGCGAUCAAUGAUCUCAAUGUGGCAAAUGAUAACAAUGCACCGGACAUCAGUGACGACAUCCCUUCACCAGAGAGACGCGGCCGCAGCACCGUCAAUCAAUGGAGUCAGCAUCCCAGCCAUAAGCCCUAUCAGUACGAGGGGAAAAACGCAACUAAUCACCACAAAACUGCUCAAUCCAACAUCCCUGACCGUACCGAAGCUUUCCUUCUCGGACCCGACGAAAAGAGAGUUGAGCCUUCGAUUGAUACUCGCACCCCGAAUACGAUGAUGUUUAUCUACAACAAGGAGGAUCACACCCUCGGAAACCUGCUUGUCGAUAAGCUUCUCAAGAAUAGCCACGUCCGAUUCGCCGCGUACCGUGUUCCACAUCCUCUCUUCGCAAGAUUCGAACUCCGUAUCCAGACUGAUGGCGAGAUUACUCCGAAGGAAGCACUCAUAGCUGCAAGCAGCGAAAUCAUCCGUGACUACGAGAUUCUCAAGAUCAACUUCACCCGCGAGUAUGAGUUGAGGAAGAUGGUUGGCAGCGCGGCACAGAACAAUGGAGCUUGA